AUGAUACAAACUAAUGUCACAGAAGGACUACAACUAAACGUGUCAGUGCAAUGGGUAGAGGAAAUGGACGAAUUAGACAACGAAAGAAUCCUCACAUCAUACAAUCCAUAUCGUAAAAUUAUAAAAGACUAUAAAACCCAAGACUUAGUCGUAGGAGUGCUAACAGGCAGACAGAUGGUCAACGACACGUUCUAUAAACACAGAAUAGAAUAUCAUGAAAUCGAUUGUCACAACCAAGUCAUCGACAUGACAAAUAAGGCGCUCACAUCAGAACAAUGGCACGGUAAUGACAACCAGCAUAGUUCUGUGCACGACCUUUUAAUCUUACGAAUCAGCAAAAAACUUAAGCUCCUAGACCCAGAUCCCCAACAAUACUCCUUUGGUUCAAUAAGUGAUUUGCAGUUUACUGAAACAGGCCCCAUGAUUACUGAACUGGCUGAACUCAAAGAUUGGUUGGGUGACGCUAUGAAAUUUGCAUCUCUAGGAUAUAAAGACAAAAAGCAUAUCACCAAAAGUUCUAAGCUCAGCACUUUUGGAUACGAGGAAGGCACGAACGUUGUUGCCGAUUGUGAUGAAUGGAUCAUCAGAGAUUGGGGUCGCGUUAUAUGCAUUAGCAACGAAGAGAAAUUCUUAGGUAUUGCUUCUGGAUCACUCUUAGUGUACAAGGAUAAACUUUUUGGGAUCGGCAGUUUCACGUUGAACAAGGGAAACGUGAGUAUAUUCGUUUUCACAGAUGUAAGAGCAUACCACCAGGAAAUAUUUAGCGUUUGUGCUUCCGAAAGUAGUACAGAUACAACAGAAUCAUCAACGGAAUCAUCAAGUGAAUUAAAUCAAGUGAUUAAAACUACACAAGAACCUGAAGACUUUAAGAUAAAACUCGGAAGGUACAGCUCCACCAGCUUGGGAGUUGUAUGUGGCUACCCUCUCCGUCUUUAUUGCGUUGUGAUUGUCAUACAUGACAAUAUGGAUGAGAGCUGCGAGUUGUCCACCAUGAAUGAAACGACGUCGCCCACCUACCAGUCUACCAAUCCUACGAACCCGUUUCUUAGCGGCAACCUACAAGCAGAAGAUUCAUUCACGAGCUACCAGAACACCUAUCCACAACAAGAUGGGGCGCCACGAACGCAGAGCAUGCAAAGCGUAGAUUUCUAUGCGUCAUCCGAAGAAGGUGGUUUCGAAGAGGGCGGGGGUAAACCCGGCGCGAAGAUCAAUGAAUUUCAAGCUGCCUGGAACGUCACCAAUGCUAUCCAGGGAAUGUUCGUCGUCUCUUUACCUUUCGCUGUACUUCAAGGUGGUUAUUGGGCCAUUGCGGCAAUGAUCGGCAUCGCCCACAUCUGCUGCUACACCGGCAAAAUCCUUGUCGAAUGCCUUUACGAAGACGAUCCCGUCUCCGGCCAGCGCGUUAGAGUCCGAGACUCGUACGUCAGUAUCGCAAAAGAGUGCUUUGGUAGAAAGUACGGCGCUAGAAUAGUCAAUAUGGCACAAAUUAUUGAACUCCUUAUGACGUGCAUCCUUUAUGUCGUCGUAUGUGGUGACCUCAUGAUUGGAACCUUCCCUGAUGGCUCCAUAGACACUCGAUCCUGGAUGAUGCUCACAGGAAUAUUUCUUUUGCCAUUGGCCUUCUUGAAGUCCCUCGCUUCUGUCAGUAUGCUCUCAUUCUGGUGUACCAUGAGCCAUCUCAUCAUCAACGCUAUCGUUCUCGGCUAUUGCAUUCUAUAUAUCGGUGACUGGGGAUGGUCGAAAGUGAAAUGGAGUUUGGAUUUCGAAAACUUCCCCAUUAGCUUAGGCGUCAUUGUAUUUUCAUACACAUCGCAGAUUUUUCUUCCUACGCUUGAAGGGAACAUGGAAGACCGAUCCAGAUUUGAAUGGAUGUUGAACUGGUCUCAUAUCGCGGCUGCAGCGUUUAAAUCUAUUUUUGGAUACGUCUGCUUCUUGACUUUUCAAAACGAUACCCAACAAGUAAUCACAAACAACCUUAGGUCGUCUGGAUUUAAAGGGCUUGUUAAUUUCUUCCUUGUCGUAAAGGCUGUGUUGAGCUACCCAUUGCCGUAUUACGCAGCUUGUGAUUUGUUGGAAAGAGCUCUUUUCAGGGGAAAACCUAAAACAUUGUUUCCUGUUAUUUAUGCUCUGGACGGAGAGUUAAAAGUAUGGGGUCUCGCUUGGAGGCUGGGGGUUAUAAUGUUCACUAUCUUGAUGGCAAUUUUCAUUCCCCAUUUCGCUAUACUGAUGGGUUUCAUCGGCAGUUUUACCGGCACUAUGUUGAGUUUCAUAUGGCCGGCUUACUUUCAUCUCAAAUUGAAGGGCAACCAACUGGAGAGCACUACAAUUGCCUAUGACUAUUUCAUUAUUGCAUUGGGUGUUCUUUUUGGUAUAAUAGGCAUGUACGAUUCCGGUUCUGCUCUCGUGAAAGCUUUCAAAAUAGGAUUACCAUUCUAA